GAUCGCGGGAGCGGCGCCGCGAUUGGCGGCUGAUUGGCAACGCCGAGGGCUUGACGACCCGGCUAACCCUUAAUCCCAAAGGGCGAGGUUGAAGGGAGCCUCCCGAUGCUGGAUUUCCGCCCUCUGAGAAUCCCAUCGACUCUCCCUCUUUGUGAUGUGUCGAUGGUAUCUCUCCAUAGAGGAUAAGGUUGACUGAGUUCUCGGGGGAAGCGCGAAGAUUAGAUGCACCCAGGAGAAAGGGGUGACCGCCCUUGUCAGAGUCAAAUUAAUACAUUCUCCCUUUCAUCGGCUACUUGCUGCUCUGCACGCAGGACUUGGCUGUUGAAAGAAUACGAACGAAAUUGGCUUGAUUCCCAAGGCUCUGAUUGCGGCAUUGUUACUUGGCGGAGCGGUAUGAGAAGUUUACAACCAGUUCUGCAAUGAGCAAACAGCUAUUGCCAAAGAAGAUGCCUUUGGAUUUUAGGAAUGUGUGUGUCCUUCUGCCAGACCGAGACCAGCUCAGUUUGACUGUUGGGGUAAAAGCCACAGGACAGGAACUCUUUGAUCAAGUUUGUGAUGUACUGAAAAUUAAAGAUCCUCACUUCUUUGGCAUCAGCAUUGUAAAAAAUAACGAAUAUGUAUUUAUUGAUCUGGAGCAGAAGCUUUGUAAAUACUUCCUAAAGGAGUGGAAGAAAGAAGGAAGCAGAGGAACAGAAAAGUUCAUCCCUCCUUUGGUUGCAUUCUUCAGAGUACAGUAUUAUGUAGAAAACGGGCGAGUCAUAAGUGACAAGGUGGCCCGGCAUUAUUACUACUGUCAUCUGAGGGAACAAGUGUUGAAGUCACGAUGCACCAACAAAGAAGAAAUUUACUUCCUAUUGGCUGCUUACGGUCUGCAGGUUGACCUGGGUGACUACAAAGACAACUUCCAUAGAGGGAACUAUUUUGAACCUCAGACAUAUUUCCCUCAAUGGAUAAUUGCUAAACGAGGGAGUGAUUACAUCCUGAAGCAUGCGCCAGAGAUGCACCGAGAACAGAAAGGGUUGUCAACCAGAGAAGCAAUUCUGAAGUACGUCAAGGAGUCGUGCCUGCUGGAAGACGUCCCUGUCCAUUUCUACAGAUUGCAAAAGGACAAGAAGGAGGAUCGCCCUACAAUCAUCCUUGGUUUAACACUUAAAGGGAUACACAUCUAUCAGGAAGUAAACCAUGUUCGCCAACUGCUUUAUGAUUUCCCCUGGUCAUAUAUUGGAAAAGUUGCAUUUUUGGGGAAAAAAUUUGUGAUCCAGCCAGAUGGUUUGCCUUCUGCCCGUAAAUUGGUUUACUAUACAGGCUGCCCCUUCCGAUCUCGGCAUUUGCUACAACUGCUCAGCAACAGUCACCGGUUGUUUCUUAACAUCCAGCCCAUACUCAAACAGAUCCAGAUGCUGGAAGAUGCAGAAGAGAAGAAGAGGUAUCGGGAAUCCUACAUCAGUGAUACUUUGGAAAUAGAUCUUGAUCCAUCAGAUAAGCAUUGGCGUGACAGUGGAAGCAGCAGAGGAAGUGAGAGUAACAACCGCCUAUCUCGACAGUCCACUGACAGCCAUGGCAGUUCACACACCUCUGGCAUUGAGGCUGACUCAAGACAACAGAUAUCCAUGGAGAUGUCUGUGGAUGAACCCUUUGGGAUGGAUCCAGUUCAUCAGAAGGAGCAGUCCUACAGUUCAAACAUCAGUUAUAGUAGCUCUGGAAUCGAUAGCAGCAGCAAAGAGAAAGCAGAAAAUGACUUGCAGGAUGAUGAAGUAGAAUUGGUAGUGGAUGAACCAGACAAUGUACCUGUGGACGAACCUCAUUUUGAAGAAGUGAUCCAUGGGGAGUCUAUUGAUUCUCAGUCAAAAGAUGAUAUUUGGUGCCAAGAUAUUAAUAAGAAUCCUCUAUCUGUAGUGCAUGUCACCUUAAUAAAGGUCAAAGGCCAGAGUGUGGAUUCACUUAAUCAGAUUGCCCCGCCCAAAGCAGUCAAGGGCCCAGAGCAGCACAGCCAAAGUCUAGAUGAUGUCCGUCUCCACAAAUGUCUUCAUCCACCACUGAGUGCCAUGUUAUCUUCAGAUACCUCCCACAGCUAUACAUUUGGUUGUGCCUUGGAGGAUAAGCUAGCCAGCUAUGGAUGUGUGUAUUCAACAGCCGAUUGUAAAACUAAGUCAGCCCUCUAUGGAAAGAGGUCCAUGAACUGCUUAUCUUUAGACCUCUUGGGAGAAGAUCAGCUCCCAGAAGAAUUUGUGGUGUAGCCACAUGGGGGAAGCUCUCAGACCAUCUUUUCAGAACAUCUGCAAAACAAUUGAAUUACUGUUGUUGGAAACAGAAGCUGCUUGAUAUAGACAUGUACACAUACAUAAGUAUCUUUAACGCUUAAAAUCUCACUGGAACAUUUUCUCACUAAGAAUACAGCUGGCAAAUGACCUCAAAUAGUGAAUGUCCAGCCUAAAACACACAUAAGUAUUUCCCCCUAGUCUGGUGCAUCAGACACUUUUUCUUCACCUGGUUUCAGUACGUAUAAUUUUGGGGGACAUUGUUUUCUGAAAGCAGUCCACUGCCAGCAAUUAUCUCCUAUGCCGAAGCCUGUUACUUCCAUCAUCCCUGGCUUCAUCGAGAAUAGAAUAUGCAUUGUUUUUAUAAACUCUUUUUUUUUU